AUGUCUGAAAAUUGGAUUGAGAAUAAAAUUUAUGAAGGGAAAAUUACUGAAUAUAAGUUUGAAGAAUUUGAAGAAUUUAAAAUGAUCAGUACUGGGGCUUUUAGUAAAGUUUACAAAGCAAGACAACGAAGUACAAAAAAUAUACAUGCACUAAAAAUAAUUGAGAGCAACGCACAAAUUAAUAAAGAACUCGUAAAUGAAUUAAACAAUAUGAUUUCUAUGAAAUCUCAUAAGAGCAUUAUCGAAUUUUAUGGUAUUACUAAAUACAAAGAUCAAAUAGAUCCAAGUGUUAUCAAAUAUGUGCUCUGUUGGCAGGGGACGCAAGAUGAACGACCAUCUACUCACGAAGUAGCUAUGGAAUUAAAAAACAUCGCUCAAGAGGUCUCAAUCAACUAUAUUUUUGACAUCCAUGAUAUUAAAACUGUUGAAAUACUUCUUACCAACGUCUUUGAAAGCAAUCUUGACUUAAACGAAUAUGACAUGCCUAUUUUUGCAAAUAAAUUAUAUUCGACCUGUAAUAAGCUAUUUAAUGAAGGUAGAUCUGUUAGUGAUGUAAUUAUCAAUUUCAUAUCCAAACAUAACAAAACUCAAGAAGAGGUUUUUAAUUGGUUGUUGAAAAAUAAUGAUAAUUCAAAGUAUAUUUGUCUACUCGGAUUAUUUUAUAGUUGGAGCAUUGGAACAGUGAAAAGCGACACAGAGUCAUUUAAUUUAUUCUUUAAUGCAGCAAAUAAAGGAGAUGGAAUUGCGCAAUAUUUUGUUGGAAGAUGCUAUGAAGUUGGUUGGAACAACACCAAGAAGAAUAUGAGAGAAGCAAUUGAUUGGUACAAUAAAGCGAUUAAAAACGGAUGUGCAGCAGCAGAGCGCAUACUUGGAGAUUAUUAUUAUAAAAACGAUAAAUAUACUCAAGCAUUUGAAUUGCUCCAAAGCGCAGUUAAUAAAGGAAAUGUAAUAGCUAUGACUAAUUUAGGAUUAUGUUACCAAAGAGGUCGUGGAACGGAUACUAAUAUGGUCAAGGGAUUUAAAUUGUUUGAGCAAGCGGCUACAAUGGGAUUACCUGCUUCACAAUAUGAACUUGGUAAAUGCUACGAGCAAGGUAAAGGAAUAGAAAAGGAUUUGAAAAAAGCACUUGAUUGGUAUGAAAAAGCCGCAGAAAAAGAUCGUACUUACCGAAAUGAUCGGGAACGUUUAAAGGCUAUAAUUAUUAAGCGCAACUAA